UCGGGACAGAGGAGGGAGCUGCGUGGUCUCUCCGCACUCUGGCUGUGACCUCGAAGGCAAAGCGAAUGGUUUCGGCGGCCGGUUAAUAGAUUCCUGACUGUCAGACUUGUCCACGAAGUGAACUGUGAAGGCUGCUUUUCUGUCCUAAAACUGGGGAGCUGUUUGGUGUCAUGAAGGUCUUCUGCGGGCGGGCCAACCCGACCACGGGGUCCGUGGAGUGGCUGGAGGAGGAUGAACACUAUGAUUACCACCAGGAGAUUGCAAGGUCAUCCUAUGCAGAUAUGCUGCAUGACAAAGACAGAAAUGUAAAAUAUUAUCAUGGCAUCCAGGCUGCUGUAAGCAGGGUGAAGGACAAAGGGCAGAAGGCCUUGGUUCUUGAUAUUGGCACUGGCACAGGUCUCUUGUCAAUGAUGGCAGUCACAGCAGGUGCCGACUUCUGUUAUGCCAUUGAGGUUUUCAAGCCUAUGGCUGACGCUGCUGUGAAGAUUGUAGAGAAAAAUGGCUUCAGUGAUAAGAUUAAGGUUAUCAACAAGCAUUCUACUGAGGUGACCGUGGGGCCAGAUGGUGACAUGCCAUGCCGUGCUAAUAUCCUGGUCACAGAACUCUUCGACACAGAACUGAUUGGGGAGGGGGCGCUGCCCUCCUAUGAACACGCACAUAGGCAUCUCGUACAGGAAAAUUGUGAGGCUGUGCCUCACAGAGCAACCGUCUAUGCUCAGCUGGUGGAGUCCAGAAGGAUGUGGUCGUGGAACAAGCUCUUUCCCAUUCAUGUUCAGACCAGCCUUGGAGAGCAGGUCAUUGUCCCUCCCUUGGAACUGGAAAGGUGCCCUGGUGCACCCUCAGUCUAUGACAUUCAGCUGAACCAGGUAUCGCCAGCCGACUUCACUGUCCUCAGCGAUGUGCUGCCUAUGUUCAGUGUGGACUUCAGCAAGCAAGUCAGUAGCUCGGCAGCUUACCAUAGCAGGCACUUUGAACCUCUGGCAUCUGGCCGAGCUCAGGUGGUUCUCUCCUGGUGGGACAUUGAAAUGGAUCCUGAGGGGAAGAUUAAGUGCACCAUGGCCCCUCACUGGACACAGUCAGACUCAGAGGGGCUCCAGUGGCGGGACCACUGGAUGCAGUGUGUGUACUUCCUGCCACAAGAGGAGCCUGUUGUGCAGGGCUCAGCCCUCUGCCUGGUAGCCCACCACGAUGACUACUGUAUAUGGUACAGCCUGCAGAGGACCAGCCCUGAAAAGAACAGCAAAAUCCACCAGAUGCGCCCUGUGUGUGACUGCCAGGCUCAUCUGCUUUGGAACCGGCCUCGGUUUGGAGAGAUCAACGAUCAGAACCGAACUGAUCAAUAUGUCCAGGCCCUGAGGACCGUGCUGAAGCCUGGCAAUGUGUGCCUCUGCGUCAGCGAUGGCAGCCUGCUCUCCGUGCUGGCCCAUCACCUCGGGGCAGAGCAGGUAUUUACAAUUGAGAGUUCAGCAGCUUCUCAUAAGCUGAUGAAAAAAAUCUUCAAGGCUAACCAGUUGGAAGAUAAAAUUAAUAUCAUAGAGAAACGGCCAGAGUUACUAAAGAAUGCAGACUUGGAGGGCAAAAAGGUCUCUCUCCUCCUGGGUGAGCCGUUCUUCACCACCAGCCUGCUGCCAUGGCACAACCUGUACUUCUGGUAUGUCCGGACUGCCGUGGACCAGCACCUGCAGCCUGGCGCCGUGGUGAUGCCCCAGGCUGCCUCGCUGCACGCUGUUGUUGUAGAGUUCAGGGACCUGUGGCGGAUCCGGAGCCCCUGUGGUGAAUGCGAAGGCUUCGAUGUGCACAUCAUGGAUGACAUGAUUCAGCGUGCCCUGGACUUCAGGGAGAGCAAGGAGGCCGAGCCCCACCCAUUGUGGGAGUACCCUUGCCGCAGCCUCUCUGAGCCCUGCCAGAUGCUGACCUUUGAUUUCCAGCAGCCAGUCCCCCAGCAGCCUGCGCGAGCUGAGGGCUCCAUGGAGCUGAGGAGGCCUGGCAGGAGCCACGGGGCCGUCAUGUGGAUGGAGUACCACCUGACCCCUGAUUGCACUGUCAGCACCGGCCUUCUGGAGCCUGCAGAAGACAAGGGGUACUGUUGCUGGAACCCCCACUGCAAGCAGGCUGUGUACUUCUUCAGCACCACUCUGGGUCCCAGAGAGCCGCCAGGCGGCCCCCGGGCAGUAAGCUAUGCUGUGGAGUUUGAUCCCCACACUGGAGACCUCACCAUGGAGUUCCGAGCUCUGGCCUCAGUGCAGCACUGGCCUAUCAGCAUUGGCCUAGACACCAGGCUCCUGUCUAGAGGAUGGGGAAGAGCUGUCUCCAAUCAGUUCUGAGACGCAGACCCAGGAGACUGGUUGCCAGAAAGGGGAGUAAGGAAGUAUAGCCCUUUCGCAUGUGUCAGAGGCCCCCAUGGCCAUCAGAAGUCUGGGCAAGCUGGCCUCAUUGGCUCAUGCCUAUAAUCCUAGCACUCUGGGAGGCCGAGGCAGGUGGAUUGCCUGAGCUCAAAGGUUCAAGACCAGCCCAAGGCAGAUCGAGACCCCGUCUCUAAAAAUAGCCAGGCAUGUGUUGGGUGCCUGAGUUCGGGUACUUGGGAGGCUGACGCAAGAGAAUCGCUUGAGCCCAAGAGGGUGAGGUUGCUGUGAGCUAUGAUACAAUGGCACUCUUACCAAGGGUGACAAAGUGAGACUCUGUCUCCAAAAAAAAGUCUCUGGGCAGAUGGGGUACAGUGCAGAGCCACUCCAGCCCAGCCUUGCUUCAAGGGACAGCCCAAGAACCCUGUGGUGGCCAUGAUGGACUUUUAUUUUCUCCCGCACACUCAAAUGCCCUUUUGUUGUUUAUAUCCCAAUUCUCAGAGGAAACAGGAGGUACCUAGUAAGAGAACCCAAAUGGCCUGGGGUCCUAUUAUUUCAAGGCAGACUUCGGCUGUGCCCAUCCAGAAAGGCUGUUCCCCUUAGCAGUCCCCCCACAGCCUGCCCAACCCCAGCUUAUUGCUGAAAUAAGUGGCAAACACCAGCCUUUAGCCUCACAGUUUUAUUUUCACCUCAGUAUCCAUCUUUCCUUUCAGCACCAAUAAAGGGAAAAAGAAAAACUUCCUUGUUUUUAAAAUAUUUUGUCAGGUGUAAAGAUUGUUUUUCUUCUAGGGAAGAAUUGUUUAGAUAUAUAUUUGAUAAUGUGUUUACCAAAACCUUAGGUGUGCUUACCAUAUAAAAAUCCCUAAUGUCCCAUGAGGAUACAAUACAGAAAAAAACAAAUUUUAAAAAGUUUUUUUUUCUUUUUUAUAACAGUAUUUCUAAAUCUCAGCAAGUUAAUAUAAUAGUUAAAAAGCAUCAAGAUUAAUAUCCAUACUUAAAACUUAAUGUGAUUUUGGACAAAUGAAAUAAACAGUGCCUUUCUAAGCUGACUCCCCGCCUCAUGGCUUCUCUUGAGACUGGGCCCAGGGCAGGCACAGAGGCUUAGUUAAGAUCUGGGUGAUCCCCAUGUCCACCCCUUCUCAGACCUUAAACGCCAUAGAAUCUGAGAUCUGGCAAUCUUUUGUUUCUUUUUUUAAAAAUCAGAGUGGAAAAGCCUGCCUUGUAUACAAGCCCUGGGAGGCCACAGCCAUACCACGUGGAACAUGUGGUUGGGUGGUUGUGGCCUUGGUGUUGAAGGAAGUGUGAGGGAGGCAGGAUGUCCCUGCUCUGGAUGCCAGGACCUGUGCAGGCAGAGGCGACCUGUGGUAACAGUAAAUGACUGAGGCACAGGGCAGUAUGACUUGCCUAAGGCCGCCCUGUGAGCUGGGGGGAGAGAAGCGCGUGGCCAGACUCCCACAUUUGCUUCUGAGAGGGAGGCUGCCCAGCCAACAGGAGCUGUGGUGGCGUCUGGUCUAGUGGCCUGAGUCUGGCCACUCUUCAUGUAGGGAGUCAGCCUGCCCAUGUGGAGUCCUGGCUGCCCUGGGGGCGGGGCUUAGCCACGGCCUGCGAGGCCAGAGCCUUGGAUGGGGACGGACAGAGCACCCGGGCAGGGCUCCCUUGUCAUCAUCAUCAUUGUCAUGAGCAGCCUCUUCCUGGCUCUGGACUCUGGGGAGCAGGCAGGGACCUGGCACCAGGGGUGCUCCCCAGGCCAGGUGAAUUCAGACAAACCAGCGUCACCAUGGAUACAUGUCCUCAUGUAGCUACCCAGGCUCUGCAGCAGCAUCCUUCUCCAGCAUGGGGCCUGGUGUCUGGCUGGCUGCUUGGCCUCCUGAGUCCCUCUUGCAGCUGGGUGGGUGACAAGGCACAGCAUCAGUGCACCAGUGCCAGGAGGCUGAUGGUUGGUCCUGGUGCUCUCUCCAACCUCGCCAGGCAGAGCUGGCUCUGAGCCAGGCUGGAUGCAAGGUCAGGGCAUUGUAAGGAGGGGAGACUGGUGGGGGUUAUCAAAAGUCCCUUAAGUUGGAGCCUCACACCUUGAAACAGACAAAACCCUCGCUGGGGAGCAACCCCUAUUGUCUGUUAAAGGCAGGCGGGCAGAGGCAGUACUGCCAAGGAGACCUGGGAACUGCAGGCCUCCCUAGGUCCAGAGGCAGAUGGGGGACUGUGGGCAGUUGGCCAGCUCUGCCACACCGAGCCUAUAGGCCCGGGGCUGGCCCUUGUUGCCCAGUAGCAAGGUGGCUCUGUGCCUGGAUGCCAACCACUCCCUGCCUGGGUGAGCAGUGGCCAUCGGCCUUGCCACCCACCUCUUCAGAGCCUUGGUGUUGGUUGGGGUGGCUGUUGAGGAUAGGCCUGGGGGGCCAGAGCUGCAGCCCCAUCUGGGGGCAGGCAGGUGGUUCCUGAGCUCAGCCGGCACAUGGGUGGGGGCAGUCCCCAGGAAAUGAUUGGUCCCGAACCAGAGAGACCUCCGGAGGGCAGAAAGAAGAGGAUGUGUUGGUUUUGAUAGAAGAGAAGAAGCUACAAAUCUAUUGUUUUCAAAAUCAGGACCACCUCCCCCCCCUUUAUGCUGUGAGUCCUCUUCUUCCUGUAAAAAAAAGUGGAUUCUCUUUCGGAUUCCCUGUUUAUGGCUCCAUUGCCCAGAUCAGAGUCUCCUAGAGGAGGCUCUAGGGCGGCCAGAGCCAGCUGGACCCUGUUGUGCCUGGGCGGGGAAGGGACCCUGUUUCAGGAAGAGCAAAGUUCUGUGAGUGACUUGUAGACCCUUCAAAGUGAAGGGUUGAUUUUGUUUUUAAAUUAUUCUGUUUUCUUUUUAAAAGUAAUCGCCCUUGAAUGCGUGACCCUGGGAAGAGCCUUGGGCUGGCUGGUAAAGCUACAGCCUUCAGGUCCCUGCGGUGAGCCAUCCCAGGCUGGAGGUGGGAGAGCUGGCGGCCGUGCCCAAGAAGUGCUUCUUUGGCUGUUUCUGAUUGUGUUUGGAGUUUGGCCUUGGGUGAGGCCCGAGCAAGGGGUCUAUGUGGCUACAGCGUGGCACGUGGCAUGCGGGCAGCGUGCAUGCGAGGGUGUAGGCAUGCGAGACAACAUUGGCAGCAGACAAAA